CGUUAUAUUUUAACAGUACCGGAAGUUGCAGAUGAUGCAGGAUUAGUCUGUUAACUCUAUUUCAACGUACCAAUAAAAUUACUAUGAAUCAAGAAGCAGGCACAGAUCUGAAACGCACACAUGGACAUGCAGUAUUGUUACGAAAAAGCUCAUCAAGUAAAAUGGCUCUUAAGGAAAAAGUUGUCCAAAUAUAUGAAUCUUUCUUCCAGGGUGAAGACCCUUCAGUGGGAAAUCCUAACUUUUGGGACGAGUUUUUCUUGCUCAGGCCAAAUAUUCCAUUCAUCGAGGGGGAAUUUGAUAAAGUCAGUGGCGAGGGCCUUAUGAUGUUGAAGGACAAUUUAAACACCCUGUUUUACAAAGCAGUAGAAUCUUUGAAGGAAGAUAAUGUCAUCAGAGUUGUCAAUGCCAUUUAUACAAUGUCAGCAUUAGUUCGUGGAAUAUACAGGAAGAAUUUCGGAGGUUUUGGCUUUGAUGUUAUAAAUAUCUUGAUUGGCUUUGAUGCCGCAGAAACAGUCAUGCAGGAAAUGGUCGAAAAUUUGAAUCACAUUCUGAAUGGAGAGUACCCAACUGCAAUAAAACAGCAAGUUCUCAAAUUCAUCAUGGUUUUAGCCACAGCUUGUGACAACAUCAGUCAGAAUACCCUCCUGGAGUACCUUAUGAUCAACAGUGUGUUUGAAUCUAUCAUCCAGAUUCUAGGUAAUGUUGACCUGAGACUGGUACUAGGGGCUGAUGCUGUCCAGGUUCUCACUCUCUUAGUGCAGUACAGAAAAUACGAGUCUGCGAAUCCAUAUAUUGUGAAAUUGUCUAUAUUGGAUGAUGAGUUGGCUUUAACAGGAUAUGCCCAGGUUGUUCUAGGGGCUUUGUCAGACUUUAACAGGGAGUAUCAGUGCCGCAGCACUGAGGCACAGGCGGGAUGGUUCUCUGCUUUUGCCAGUAUGGUUGGCAAUAUGUUUGUACCUGACGAGAAACAUGUAUCAGCAGUGAGAGCAAAUGAUUUGGUGCUAUUGGCUUUAUACGAGGCCAUCCAUUUAAACAGAAAUUUUAUCACCGCCUUAACACAUACCCAUACGCCAUCAACACCUACCACUCCCCCCUCUUCCCCGACAGUGCCUAUGUCCAAUCCUCUCAAUGACCCGGCUCCUGCCCUGCAAAAUUUAGACAAAGCCCUUUUGGAGCAGUCAAGUCAUCCUACAAAUCUGCUGGUGACAUUUUUAGAGUACAGUUCUAUAGUAAUGCAGGAUACAAAAGAUGAAACAAGGCAUAGUAAUGCCAAACUUUGUCUAGUCAUAUUAACAUGCAUUGCAGAGGAUCAGUAUGCCAACUCCCUUAUGCAUGAUGUCAACAUAAACUUCCGAGUCAAACUACACAGAAUGCCAAUGAGACAUCGGAAAGUGAAAGUAGAAAAAGAUACCCCUUCUCGCCCCCUUGUUUGUGCUCUUUUAGAUUUAAUGGUUGAAUUUAUAAUGAGCCAUAUGAUGAAAUCCUUCCCUUUGGAGUUGUAUAAUCGAUGUUUGGGAAUCACACAGCGGGUCCUGUGUUACCAGAAGAAGUGUCGAGUUCGGCUCCAGUAUCCAUGGAAAGAACUUUGGACCGCUCUGAUCAAUCUUCUGAAGUACCUGUUGUCCAAUGAGUCCAAUCUCCUCAAGAAGCAUAAUAAUAUUUUCCAUUUGUCCUCAAAGAUUGUGAAUAUUUUCAACUUAUUCAUCACCUAUGGUGACACCUUCCUGCCAAAUCCUAACAGCUAUGAUGAACUGUAUUACGAGAUUAUCAGAAUGCACCAAGUUUUUGACAACCUCUACUCAAUGGCUCUGAGGUACACUACAAGUGAUGGAGAGAGCAAAGAGUCAGCGGCCAGAUUAACCAAUCAUCUUGUCAAUAUCAAGGCCAUCAUCAAUCAUUUUUCUCCUAAAGUGGACUCCUGGGCAGCUGCCAAUCAGCUCUCCUCCCUUACAGAGGAACAGGUUCUGGAUGUAGUGAGAGCAAACUACGACAGUCUGACAUUAAAGUUACAGGAUAGUUUGGAUCAGUAUGAGAGAUAUUCAGAAAAACCAAGGGAAAGUGCUUUCUUCACCACUCUGGUACGUUCCGUCGUGUCAGAUGUGCGGAAAAGUGUCAGUAAUCUGGCUCAGUAUCAUCACCAGGUGUUACAAAGUGUAGCUGAGAUGUAAACAGGUUGAUUUGUUAGACUUCUAUAUAAUAGAGCUGUGUAUUUAAAUAUCAACCGAUUGAUACAAUUUGAAACCAAGAGUGUACAGAUUAUUUAUUUUAUAGAACUUGUGAAAAAUCCUACAGGUGUGAGGCAAAUUUCUACUUUUUCACAAGUUUUUACCUUUAUUUUCAGCUUUAGAAUUUUCAUCUGAAAAAGUAUCUAAACAUGUACAAUGCACAUGUAUGUAUAUUCAUUAUUUUAUAAACUUGUGAUAAAAAAGGCAGGUUGGAGGGGCACUGUCAGAAAUCCAAGAAAAUUGAGUGCUUCUUUUGAAAUAGUGAGAGGAUUAAUAUACAUACACAUGUACAUGUAUGUACAUUUAUUCAAUAGUAUUCACAACUUGUUACCUGUCUUCAGUCAUUGAUGCAUUUGUCAGCUUAAUGCCAGCACACUAUAUAUAUAGAAAGGAGAGAUAUACAUUAUUUUAUGAACACCUUUUGUGAUUAUUAAUGACUACACCAAGUACAGAAUUGUAUUCUGCAAUUGCAUGAAAAAUCCGAAUAAGGCAAAAUGUGUAAAGUACAGGUUUGGUACUCACAUUUAGACAGGUGUUUGGUAAAGGAUUUGUUUUGUAUAUUACAUGUACCAAAGGGCUUUCAGCACUGGGUGUUUUCUGUCUAUUGUAUGAUAGCUAUGUGUACAUUAUAUGGGUAAAAAACAUUUAUUUUACUGUAUAAUUUUUAGCUCACCUCAACGAAGUAGGGGGAGCUUAUGUAAUACCCUCGGCGUCAGCAUCCCAGGUUAAAGUUUUUGGAGCAGAUUUCUUUUCAAGUACUUCUAUGCCCUAUGUCAAUCAGAUGCUUCUAGUAUGUUUCAUUGUACUAGUCAAGGUUUCAGAUACUGCAAUUUCAGUUAAAAAUGACCAGGUUAACAUUUUUGGAGCAGGUUAAAGUUUUUGGAGCAGAUCUCAUUUCCAAGUAACUAUAAGACUCAUAUUGACCAAACUUGCAUGAAUGAUACAUCUAAGGAUGUACACUACUGGACUUGCUUCAGAUGCUGGAUCUGACUAUAUUUUCCAGUUGAGUGACAGGUUAAAGUUUUUGAAGCAGGUCCAUUGCCAAGAAACUAUAAGGCCUAUCUGAACCAAACAUGCAUGGAUGAUGCAUCAAGGGAUGAUCACUUUCAAACUUGCUUCGGAUGCUGGAUUUGACACAUUUUCUGGAUGAGUGAGUAGUUUAAAGUUUUUAGAUAAGUCCAUUCCCAAGUAAUUGCAAGCCCUAUCAGAUCAAAAUUGCAUAAAUGUUACAUCUAGGGAUGCACACUAGUAGAUAAUUAGUUUAUUAUGGGACUUUGCCUUACUUAACAUUCAUUGAGGUGAGCUCUGUAAUCUCAGAUUACCUAUGUUUUAAGGGUAUGGUAGCAACUUGUUUUUUGUUGGUUUUUUUUUUUUUUUUUAAUAAAAACUCUAAACUUUAAGUUGUUACAGAUCUUCAGAAGGUAGUGGCAUGCUUCUCUCUUAAUCUUUGUACAUACAGAUGAAAUCUAUGUUUCCAAUGCUUUUUUCUGUGGGGUCCAUGAACUAUAUUUUAAAAUGUGUACAACUUACUUUAAUGCAUGUAGGAUCGCAUUGCUAUGUAUGCCAUUGUGGUGUAGACAAUAAGAAGAAGAAGUUGCAUGUAUUUGACAACAUGUACAUUUAUUUAUGUUGUAAAAUAAACUUAUGCAAUAAACUGAUAAUGUUAAACUCA